AUGUCGUCUGUAUUCCAGAAAAUGAUCAAAGUCUUGAACUUCUUGGCUGCAGUGGCUGCAAUUUCUGCCUCUCCUCACGAUUUUUUAAAAAGUGUCUCAUGUGAGGGAGCUGAAAAUGUGACUUUGUGUGAGGCUGAUCUGCAAGUCUGCAAGAAUGUCUUCGCAGUUGAAUAUAAUGAUCAAAUCAGGAGAGAAAUAUACAAGAAAUGUCUCGACAAGAACGGCCUAAACCAUCUUGAUGACGUGGACCCUGAGUCUCUCUUCGGUCCCACAGACUCGCAGGCUCUGGCGCUCUUUGGUUCCGAGGAGAACCACCUAGCAGUGAAGCAGUGCGUCCUGCAAGAGCAUGGGGAGUUAAGGCCUGACGGAACAGUCGACCCACAGCCAUUCUUGGACAGGCUAACUCUCGCCCUUAACGACACCCGCCCUGACAUCCUCGACCGCCUUGUUCCUGCCGCAGAGUCCUGCUCGACUGAAACCAUUAAGGAAUGGGAGGUCUGCAUCUUCUAUACAUGCUUCGAGGGGGAAUUCACACCAACUGAGCCUACUACAACUGUUGUUCCUGAGGAGUAAUCAUGCGAAAUAUUCCCACACUUCAGUUGAAUUCCUCAUGCCACAACAAUGUAGAUUAAUCAGAUAAUCAUUAUGAAAGACUUGGAAUUACUGUUUUCUCUACAUGUUUCCUGAAGAUCUGUUCCUAAAAAUGAAAUCUAUGCACACAAUACAGACAUUAUUUUUGAAUAAUGAAUAAA